GCAGGAUUUGACCGUCACAUUACUGUGUUCUCGCCUGAGGGCCGUUUGUACCAAGUUGAAUACGCCUUCAAGGCUGUGAACUCGUCCAACAUCACUUGUCUAGGACUUGUUGGCGAGGACUCCUCGGUCGUUGUUUCGCAGAAGAAGAUUCCCGACAAGCUUCUGGAUCCAAGCACCAUCAGCUACAUUUUUCAAGUGUCCGACUCGAUUGGAAUGCUGGCCACAGGGGCCAUUGCCGAUGCGCGGUCGCUGGCCAUGAGGGCUCGGGCAGAGGCGGCAGAGUUCAAGUAUAAAUACGGCUACGAGAUGCCGGUGGACGCCCUGGCCAAGAGAAUGGCGAAUCUGGCGCAGCUGUACACACAGAAAGCAUACAUGAGGCCGAUGGGGGUGGCGUUGACGUUUGUGUCCGUGGACGAUGAACUAGGGCCGAGCCUGUUCAAGACGGACCCUGCCGGGUACUAUUUCCGUGCGAUUGGGACGUCGACGGGUCCAAAGCAGCAGGAGGUAACUACGGCUUUGGAACGCGCGCACAAGAAAAAGAAGGACGGUGUUUUGGUGAAAGGCGACUGGACCAAGGUGGUUGAGUUUGCCAUCAUCACUUUGAGUAACGCGCUGAGCACAGAGUUUAGAAAGAACGACCUGGAGGUCGGGGUUGCUACAAAAGACGGUUUCAGGAGCCUGACACCGGACGAGAUCGAUGAGAGAUUGAUUGCCAUUGCUGAGCAGGAUUGAGUCUAGAAAACAUAUGGAAUGAACACGUACGGGCACUCCUUGACGUACUUGUCCCAGUCGGCGCCGUACUUCUUUCUGCACUUUCUAAUAUCUCGGUGACAUCUGUGGACAAGAACCACGAAGAAGAACACGGGGAAGAACCAGGGAAACACAGAGUUGAAGCCGCAGAUCAGCCCCCAUGACAGCGACUGGCACCAGUCGGCCGUAUAGUGUAACUUUCUAGCAUACUUGUACCAUCCGUCGGUGAGCAGAACAGAGCCGUUGGCACAUUUGAUAUAUUUAGGGUUUUUGAGCACCUGAUACGGCAGAUAUGGGAACGACUUCCGUAUCUUGGUGUCUCCGGCCAUGAUUUUGCGGAACGAGUUUUUCUGGCCGUUGCACGUGUCAAAGAAGUAAUAGGCCGUCAGCAGCAGGACAAAACAGAAGGUGUUGUACGCCGCAGACCAUUGGUAUUCCUGCGGGUUGUGGUAGUACAGGUAUAGUGUUCCGUGGCAGUACGUGUAUGGCACGCCGGCGAUGUUCCAGAAAAUGAGCAUAAAGCCGAAUUUUUCGUACGCCAUGUCCCAGGUCGGCACAAUGAGUUCUUCUCCCUUGGAGCACGCGUUGGCGUACAGAUAGUGGGCCAACAGCAUGAACAGAGCUUGUGGAGACACAGAGCCAUAUUGCUCGUACUGCUUGAGACACAUGCCGUAGGUGAGGAAGAACAGCGUGUACCAUGGCAGUCUGACCUCAAAGAACAUUUUCAGGUCGAUGAGGCCGAUUCGAGGAUUGAGAGAAGCACCCAUGAAGAUGUCGUACAAGUGGUUGCCGGUCAUUCUGAGAUAGUCCUUGGUCACAAACAGCGACCACAUAUAGAGGCCGAUGGAGAAUCCGAAGCCGGCGACGAUGGCACAGGUCAUGAUUUCGCCAAAAUUGUCGAGGAUGUAGUAGAUCUUGAAAAUGUCCAGAUAGUGCAGCAGCGACGCCAGCACAAAGUUGACGUAGAACGUGGCAUAGGCGUUGCAGAAGUAUGGCAGCUGUUCACCGUUUCUGUGAGCCAGCGGCUGUCCUUUGGUCCAGACUCCUGGCAACGUGACGUAGAACACGGCCUGGACGAGAAUGUAUGCGACAAACACAAAGAUGGACGUUGGGCCCGGCGACGCGUAGGACCUCACGUAGUUUGCCAUUUCGCCGAGGAAUUGGGCCCACGACUGGCCGUCGACAGGCCAGGCGGGGCUGCCGUGGUAGAAGCGGGCCGAGAUCCACAUGUAGUACAUCAGCGACGGAAAGCCCAGCAUCAUGGCAACAACGCCCGGAGGCCCGCCAAACUCCCACUCGAUGUCCUUCUUUGCCAGAUACUGGGGUUCUUUGGCCGCGGCAGCCGGCACAGAGGCCUGCGACGCGGCCUGGUAGUCCGGUUUCGUCGAAACGGGUGAUUUCUUCGCCAUACGAGCGGAACG